AUGUCGACAACCAAGGCGCCCCUCAUCACCGUUCUCGGCUCCCUCAACAUUGACCUCGUGUCCUAUGUGCCGCACCACCCGCUGCCGGGCGAGACCCUGACGUCCAACUCGUUUGCCGUGUCGCCCGGCGGCAAGGGCGCCAACCAGGCCGUAGCCUGCGCCAAGCUCUCACGGUCCAAGUCGUCUCUAUCUGCUGCUGCUGCUGCGAGCAAUGACGACGAGACGGCCCAUGUCCGGAUGGUGGGCGCCGUCGGCGCCGACACGUACGGCGACAUACUGCUGUCCAACAUGUCGGAGCACGGCGUCGACGUGAGCGGCGUGGCGCGGCAACAGGACGGCAAGACGGGCAUUGCCAUCAUCGUCGUCGACGAGCCCACGGGCCAGAACCGCAUCAUCCUCAGCCCCGAGGCCAACCAUUCGCUGCUGCCGGCACAGUUCGAGCGCCUGCCCGGUCCCCGGCCCGACCUCCUCAUCAUGCAGCUCGAGAUCCCCAUCCCCACCGUGCUGCAGGCCCUCAAGGCCGCCAACGAGGACGGCGUCGACGUGCUGCUGAACCCGGCGCCCGCCGUGCCGCUGCCCGAUGAGGCGUACAGAGGCCUGGCGCACCUGGUUGUCAACGAGACAGAGGCGGCGAUCCUUGGCGGCGUUGCCGAGGCUGAGCUCGAAGCCGAAGAAGGGCUGAUCAAUGUGUCCAAGAAGUUCUUGGCCAAGGGUGUCAAGAAUAUUAUCGUGACUUUAGGCGGUAGAGGCGUAUUCUACAUGAACAGGAAAGGAGAGUCGGGUCUCAUCCCGGCCGAGAAGGCCAAGGUCGUGGAUACAACGGCCGCCGGCGACACCUUUGUCGGUAGCUACGCGCUCGACGUCGUGGCAGCAAAGGCAAAGGGCACGGAUUGUGACAUUGCAGCAGCUGUCAAAAAGUCAAAUAAGGCUGCGGCAAAGACGGUAGAAAAGCUUGGCGCACAGGUCUCGAUACCAUGGCGCGAUGAGCUAUAA